AUGAAAUAUUAUGAGAAUGAAGAUUUACAUUCAUAUCUUGAUAAAGCACAGGGAAUGACUUGUUGGAGCGAUAUACUAGACUUCCUUUGGGGAGCUUCGAAAGGAAUACAAAUAAUUCAUGAACAUGGAUUAAUUCAUGGAAAUAUUCACGGAGGCAAUCUGUUGGUUGAAAAUUCUGAUUCAGUUAGCACGUUUGUCAGUGAUGUGGGAUUGCAUUUUCCCAUUGAUAAAACAAAUUCAAAUAAAAUAUAUGGAGUUCUUCCUUAUGUGGCUCCUGAAGUUUUACGAGGGAAUCCAAAAACCAAGGCUUCCGACAUUUUUAGUUUUGGAAUUAUCAUGUGGACGCUUUCUGCUGGUAUUCGUCCAUGGUGUAAUAGACCACAUGACCUAAAAUUAGCUAGUGACAUUUGCUCUGGUCUUCGACCUGAAAUUAUUGAUGGAACUCCCAAUGUUUAUAAUCAAUUAAUGGCGCAGUGUUGGCAUCCUAAUCCUUCCAAACGCCCAAUUGCAUCUGAAUUAUGUGCUAUAUUGGAAAAUUGGAUCGAUGCUUUAUGCAAUGAAACUCUUGCUUCCGAGAUUUCCGAACAAUUUGAUCUUGCUGAAGAAAAAAAGUUUUCAAGGUUGGAAAGUAAUGAUUUUUAUCAGGAAAGUGUUCAUCACGAAGCUUUUUAUACAAGUAGGCUCUUGUAUUUCCCUGAAUUAGUUAAUUUAUUUAAUUAUGGUUAG